AUGCCACCUAAAGGGCGUGGAAAAAGCAAGCUCCCUGUUCCCCUUCCCAAAGGAAUGAUAAUGAAAGACACUGAAGGAAAGGAGUGGAGGUUGGGCAAUAUAAUUGGCCAGGGAGGAUUUGGAUUGAUCUAUUUAGCUUCCUCUCAUGUUCAUAUUCCUGUAGAAGAUGAUGCUGUGCAUGUAAUUAAAGUGGAAUAUCGUGAAAAUGGGCCUUUGUUUUCUGAAUUAAAGUUUUACCAGAGAGCUGCAAAACAAGAGCACAUCAAAACGUGGAUGAAGCUCAGACAAAUAGGAUUUUUAGGAAUUCCGGUGUUCUGGGGAACAGGCUCGGCUGAAUACAAUGGAAAAAGUUAUAGAUUCAUGGUCAUGGAAAGAUUAGGGGUAGACCUGCAAAGAAUCUUGGACAAUGAUGGACACCGGUUUAAAAAAGAAACAGUUCUGCAACUUGGGGCCCGAGUGUUGGAUGCCUUGGAAUAUAUGCAUGAAAAUGAGUAUGUUCAUGGUGACAUUAAAGCAGCAAAUCUACUUCUGGGCUACACAAAUCCACAUGAGGUUUAUCUUGCAGAUUAUGGACUUUCCUACAGAUAUUGUCCCAAUGGGAACCACAAACAGUAUAAGGAAAAUCCUAAAAAGGGCCAUAAUGGGACAAUAGAGUUUACCAGCUUAGAUGCCCACAAGGGAGUAGCCCCAUCCAGAAGAGGUGACCUUGAAAUCCUUGGCUACUGCAUGCUACAGUGGUUAUGUGGGAAACUACCCUGGGAACAGAACCUGAAGGACCCUGUAUCUGUCCAGACUGCUAAAAUAAAACUGAUGGACGAGCUCCCAGAUUCAGUGAUGAAGUGGGGUCUGGCUGGAAGCAGUUGCUGUGAAAUAGCUAAGUUUUUGGCAUGUGUUUAUGGUUUAACUUAUGAGGAAAAGCCAAAGUAUCAAGUGCUAAAGAAAAUCCUGGUGGAUGGACUCAAAUCAAGUGGAACUUUUUACGAUGGCCCUCUGGAAUUUUCCACUGCUGGAUGUGCACUAAAUCUGUGUGCUUCUAAAGAUCUGAAAGCUGAUUUACCAAAGCCUACACCAAAACAGUUUAAACAAAAAGAAAGCAAGCUGGAUGAUAAAGAACAUAAUUGUCUGAGAAAAGCUAGUAUUCAGGUAACACACAGACAAUUACAAGAACAAGAGAAACCAGUUGGAUUGAACCAGAUGUGUCAGCAUAAUGAACCACUGCUGGCUGAUUUACCAAAGCCUACACCAAAACAGUUUAAACAAAAAGAAAGCAAGCUGGAUGAUAAAGAACAUAAUUGUCUGAGAAAAGCUAGUAUUCAGGUAACACACAGACAAUUACAAGAACAAGAGAAACCAGUUGGAUUGAACCAGAUGUGUCAGCAUAAUGAACCACUGCUGGAAAACACCGUAAGACAACUACACAGGCAUUAUCCCCAAACAGUUUUCUGGGAAGUUAAAAAGAAACACCACCAAAACAGCAUUACAUAUUCUCCAGUAUCUUUGCAAGAACCCAAUAGAAAUUUUACUUGUCCUUCUGUAUCCAAUAUUUUUAAGCUUGCAUUUACUGAAGAGAGGUACCGAUACACCAUGACCAUACUUGUACUUCUGAUAUUAAUAUUCCUUGUGUUGUAUUUUCUUUGA